AAUUUCACCAGUUUUUGUCAUAAGUUGAUACAGGAAGGGUGAGACUUUAAGAGUGAAGCUAAGUCUGAUUUACAUUACCUUUUGAAACGUACAACUCGAGUUCAAUUUUAUCACCAUGCCUGAUGUCAAGUGUGUCUGCUGCAAGGAGGGAAAUGAGUGUGCCUGCAAGGGACAGGAUUGCUGUACAACUGGCGAAUGCUGCAAGGGUGGAACCUGCUGCACUGGAAAAUGCUCAAAUGCGGCAUGCAAGACGUGUGCUGAUGGCUGCAAGUGUGGAAGCGGCUGCUCAUGUACUGAGGGGAACUGUCCAUGCUAGAUGAGCUGGGCCCUUUGCUAUAGGGAUGGCAGAUUGAGCAUACAGCUGAUGAAGUCACUCAGCGCAUCUGCCAACAUGCUCCAAGCAGACAUGACUUUGUAUAUACUUUCGACCCGAUGUUUUAUAUUUUUGUUGUAAGAUAGUUGUACAUGUAUAAUUUAUUAAGUUAAUUUAAACUUUAUUUUUUCUGAAAUAUGAGACUUAUUGGCAUUAAUAGGACUACUUAAAAAACAGUAAUUAAUUAAGGCCGACAGUAAUUAUAAUACUAAUACUCAGUUUUUAUAUAGCGCUUAUUAGAAUCACUAAGCGCUUCCAAACUUGGAGAUUAUUACCCCAGCUUUAGCUGUGCUGCCAUGAUAGAAUUUUUCUCCAUUUGUUACUGCCCUGUAUUGUAAAUUCUUCAGUCUGUUUCUAACUUUUAUCAAAUUGUCAAAUUUGGAAUGAAGAUAAUAAUAAUAAUAUUUGUAAUGCGCCAACUCCACAUUACUAAUGUGUUCGAGACUCACCUAUGAUUAAAUUUAAAUAAUGCUACAAUGUA